GAGACCAAAGGGUCCCUGAAAACCUGGGACUGAUAGCUAUUCACACCGUGUUUGUUCGGGAGCACAACCGGUUAGUCAGGGAACUAAAGAAGUUGAAUCCCCAUUGGAAUGGAGAGAGACUCUAUCAAGAAGCCCGGAAGAUCAUUGGUGCCCUCAAUCAGAUAAUCACAUUCAGAGAUUACCUACCCCUGCUGCUGGGGAAUGAAGUCCGUAAACAGUUACCUGUGUACAGGGGCUACAAUAAGUAUGUGGACCCCACUGUUUCAAACGUUUUCUCCUUGGCCUUCCGAUUUGGGCAUGGUACUGUCCCACCCUUUGUACCCCGCCUGGAUGAGAAUUUCCAGAACUCGCUUCCCUUUUCCAGUACUCCACUUCAUCUCACUUUUAUGGCUCCAUGGAGGAUUUUGAUGGAAGGUGGCAUUGACCCCAUCCUCCGUGGCUUCAUGGCAGACCAUUCCAAGCUGAUGAAGCAGAACCAGAUGAUGGUUGAGGAGCUUCAGGAGCAUCUCUUCGAGCAAAUUGGAAAUAUUGGUCUUGAUCUGUCAGCUCUGAACUUGCAGAGGGGACGAGACCAUGGUUUGCCAGGGUACAAUGCCUGGAGACGUUUUUGUGGCCUCUCUGAUCCCAGCAACGAAGCCGAGCUUGCUGCAGUCCUUCGCAAUCCUAAACUGGCAAAGCAGUUCAUCAACCUUUAUGGGACACCGGAAAAUAUUGACAUCUGGAUUGGGGCGAUGGCUGAACCCUUUGUCCCAAAUGGGAGAGUUGGACCUCUCCUAGCCUGUCUCAUCGGAUCCCAGUUUAGAAAACUCCGAGAUGGAGACCGAUAUUGGUGGGAGAACCGUGGGGUCUUUACCCCGCUGCAGCUCCGUGCUCUGAAAAGCGAUUCAUUUUCCCGUAUGAUUUGUGACAACACACACAUCAAAGAGGUGACCAGGGGCAUUUUCAAAAUGACCAGCUAUCCAAGCGAUUUUGUGAACUGCUGCCGAAUCCCAAGUCUGGAUUUGUCAGCUUGGAAAGAAUAAAGUCAAAAUCUGGGCAGAAGGAUGAGUCAGAAAGUGUGGGACAAUAUCUUGACUCUGCAUGGAGGACCUGGAACUCAGGAGGCCGAAGCCCUGGCUGUCAUACUCUAAAACAUGAAACAGAACGGUGAUGAUCAGCUCCCACCAUUAAGGACAUAGCUUCCAGGUCAUUUAAGAACUAUACACCGGCUGCCUGGAGUCAAAUAGAAUGGGCAAUACACAAACACUGUAAGUAAAUACAUAAAUAAAGUGAGGUCUGCCUAUAUUUAGUAUUUAUUAGCAUCCUGACCCACUUCCCCAACUACCACAUUUUCCUGAAGUGAAGAACAUUUGGACCAGUUGCAGUGAGUAUUUCCAGACAGGGGCAACUGUGUGGGGGGCCAAAAAAGUCAGGAUAACCAUGCAAUCAAAGCCCUACACCUUUUUUAGUGCAUCAUGUAUGCAAAAUAUAUAAGGGGUGGAGUUUUGAUCACACAGCUGUAGGUGCCCUCUUGACUUUUUUGACCCCCUCUCCCCAUGGAUGCCCUGCUGGGAGACUUUUCUAGAGAGUUGGUGCUACAACUGAGCACUACUGAGUUGCUGUCCAUCAACUCUCCCACAGGAGAGGAACCCUCAACACGGCUACAUUUGUACUGGACAGAUAGAUUCAAUUUGAAGUAAAUGCAGACACUAUACCAUAUAGGGUUCUACAGAUCAAAACGAGCAUUUUGAAUUGUAGCCAGAACUUAAUGGGAGCCAUUGCAGAAUCAGUACCAGUGUUGUGUGUGAGAGCCGUGGCUUUCACCUGCACACAAACAGGCUACUUCAUUUUGCAACAACUGCAGCUUCUGAGUAGUCUUCAACGGCAGCACCAUGUAAAGGGUAUUCCAGUAAUCUAGUCACUACCCUGAGCUUCUGCUCCACAAGGCUGUUGUGUUAGCCAACAAUGAGCUCACAAACAUUGGACCAGGUGCAUUGUGCUAAGUAUGGCUGUUUAAAAGACAUCUCGAUGAGCAACUAUCUGCGAGUAGAUAAAUGGGGACUCCCGUUUAGAUGGGAGGAAUCGGCGGGGCUGCGCGGGGGAGCAAAAUACCGGUGCUGGCCGAACUUCGAAUGCAGCCGACACGACCGACGAUCGAUGCGAGCGGCGAGAAAGAUCUACGGAAGAGGGAAAAAAACCCGGAUGUCCCCCUAGCGGCCCCUGCUGGUCACAUAGCGUAAUACCACGCAUUGUAAUGUUUCUCACUGUUAGGAUGGUAUAUGUACUUUGCUCCCCAUUGGGGAGAGAUGGGCGGAGAAUAAAAUCGAAUGUAUAAAUAAAUAUAAAUAAAGUAUAAAUAAACUAGACAUUUUCAUUUUCUUUAGAGUAUGUAAGCUUGUUCCACGGGGCUCUGAAAAAUUUACAAACGUGAAGCUCGAUUUAGAUAUUUCUUUACAGUCAUGUACACAAAGUACUGGUGUUAGUUGGGCAUGCAACACUGUCACUUAUGAACUCUGGGUGUGGGUGUACAAUGUAUGUGGAUUAACAUCCUGUUGCUUAGAAUCAGUUUUGUAUUCUAAUGAUUGCCUAGGCAUAGCUGGGAGUAAGAUCUGAUUAUUUUUAAAGUGAGCUAUUGAAAUGAUCACAUUACUAAUAAAAAUGGAUGGAUACAAGGACCUGUGUAAAUACUUUUUGAAUUCAGAAAUACAAAAAGCUGCUAUGCCUGUAAGCUAUUGCUCUAUGUGGCACGAUAUUGUCUGACUGGUAGUUCUCCAAGUUUUAUGUUAAAUAGAUCUCCCUAAAGCACAUUAAUUAUGCAUCUGCCCUCAUUUCCCUCCAGAUUCAAGCUUUCUGGAUUAGAAAUGUACAAAUGAACAUGUAUUUUUGCAUAUGUUUGACAAAAAGUAAAAUGCAUCAGUUCACAAGGUGUUAGGCUCAAAAGAUUCCUGGGUGAAAUUUCAAGCAUCUUUUAAAAACUUGGG